AUGGAAUCUUUGAUAAAGGUCCAGACCAGUCAGCAGCAACAGCAACCAGGUCCAAGUACCAGUACUAAUUCUAAGACCACAGCCAAUGUUUCGUUACCGAAACUUUCAUUGCCUACGUUUGAUGGGAAUGUCAUGAAACAACCCCAUCACCGUAGCCUGUGUCCGCAAAAGUUUGCAACAAGCGCAUCCACUCUGAAUGCUGAUGCCGAGGCGUACACUCCACAGCAUACUUUAAUAGCACUAGGCGAGCACACUUUCAUGCAGACGGCAGUCACUACAGCACAUCAUGGAACCGGACAGUGUGAAGUACGGAUUCUUUUUGACACUGGCGCAACUAGGUCAUUCAUCACAUCUAAGGCACGUGACAUUCUUAGCUCACCGACGAUCCGCAAGGACACCUUAGCGACAUCAGGCUUCGGUAGCUCCGACAGAAGAAUUCAGUGUCUAGAUGCCACGGAAGUACUUAUCAAGAUAGCAGAUGGAUCGAAAAUGCCACUGUCACUAAAUGUUGUACCGGUUAUUUCCAGCCCGAUUUUGAAAGUGCCGGUAGUCGUGAAGAACCGCCCUGAACUAGCAGGCUUCCGUCUAGCUGAACCGUUGUGUGAGUCAGAAGAACGUGUCAGCAUUGAUAUACUGAUAGGAGGAGAUUACUACUAUGACAUUCUCCUUAGUGACCGAGUAACCUUCUCCGAUGGACUCAUUCUCCUCAAUUCAAAGCUAGGCUACAUCCUCGCAGGCAAGUCAUCAGAGAAGUGCAGCGAGGCCCAAACCCUGUUCGUGGAUAGCGAAACGCCUGAUCCACUCCAGCGAUUUUGGGCUAUAGAAGACGACACAACCACAGUAAAUGCUUCAACUAGCGACACUGAAGCCAUGCAUGCUUUUGAAGAUAGUAUCACUCAAGACAACAACGGAAGGUAUGUCGUCAAGUGGCCUUGGCGCUCUAACUCGCCCCCACUACCGAACAACUUCGGUCUUGCGUACGGUCGCCUGAACUCACUACUCAACCGUCUCAGGCAGGAACCGUCGAAGCUUCGAGCCUACAAUGACAUCCUUGCGGAACAGCUAAAGCUAGGUGUAAUCGAGGAAGUCGACAGUCAAGGAAGCCAGUUCCUCACCCAUUACUUGCCGCAUCACUGCGUCGCAAAGGAUAGCACUACGACAAAGCUCCGUCUUGUAUACGACGCUUCCGCGAAGUCGUCUCCGAACAGUCCAUCACUAAAUGAAUGUCUUCACCGCGGUCCAGUACUGUUACCAGAUCUCGCCGGCGUUCUUUUGAGGUUCCGCCUUGAACCCAUCGCUGUCUCUAGUGAUGUAGAGAAAGCAUUUCUCCAACUUUCGCUCGCUAACGAAGAUCGAGACGUCACGAGAUUCCUAUGGGUUCGAGAUCCUUUCCAGCCACCCGCUGGAGGAAAUAUCAUCACGUAUCGCUUUUGUCGAGUACCAUUCGGAGUUAUCUCGAGCCCUUUCUUGCUCGGAGCUACCAUCCAACACCACCUUGAAUCAUCCGGUAGCCCAGAGGCAUCCAACAUCAUGCAGAAUACGUAUGUUGACAACGUCCUUCUUGGUGUAGACUCCGUCUCGACUGGUAUCAACCUCUACCAUCACGCCAAGUCAGUCUUCGCCGAUGCCUCCAUGAACCUCAGACAGUGGUCCUCUAACUCAGCAGCCCUCAUAGAGAGCAUCCCAGAAUCAGAUCGUUCGUCUGGCGAACACCAGAAGGUCCUUGGGCUAGAUUGGCACACUGUUACUGAUCACCUCAAAGUAGCAAACACAUCAGCGUCGGACACACUAGUCCGAACCAAGCGCGAGUUACUUCAGGCCGUAGCUCAGUUCUUCGAUCCACUUGGCAUCCAUUCGCCCAUCGUCGUGAAGGCCAAGCUACUCUUACAGGAAGUGUGGCGGCAGAAGCUCCAAUGGGACGAAGCACUCCCAGUUUCUAUUCUCCACACGUGGAAAACUCUCGCUGCAGAACUCGACGAUGCUACAAAUCACAGCAUCCCACGUCCAUGCUGCAUUCCAGAAGCCGACCAACACACACUUCAUGUCUUCUGCGAUGCUUCGCAAACUGCCUAUGCUGCAGUUGCAUACUUGUCAUCAUCGUCCGGAUCUGCUACUGAAUCGCACCUCAUUCUUUGUAGAUCUAAGUUAGCUCCGCUCAAGCCCUCUCCGAAGUUAACCAUCCCAAAGUUGGAACUCAUGGCAGCAGCACUUGGUGCUGAUCUCAUCGCCUUCUUGAAAAAGCAGCUCCCGAUUAAUCUUGAUCACAUUAUUCUAUGGUCCGAUUCUACAUGUGUGCUAGGAUGGAUCAACAGUCGCAAGGACUUACCUUCCUUUGUCCAGCGUCGAGUCGCUCGGAUACGUAAAUCUGAAGCCGAGUACCGCUACGUUCCUUCGCGAGACAAUCCAGCUGAUCUCCCGUCGCGAGGAACAUCUUCUCACCUCUCCGAAGAGUCCAUCUGGUGGCACGGCCCAGAGUGGUUGCAGAACCCACUCGUUCCAGAACCUGAACAGCCCAAUACGGAAGAAUCGAGGUCUCCGUCCAAAAAAAAAGGAGGGUGGAAGAAAGGCCAAGCCCUCGUCAAGGACUUCUGGACAACUUGGCAACGGGACUACCUGCUAAGUCUCAGAGAGCGCACCAGUGCUGGACGCCACAAGCGAGGCACAGAAACCUACGUACCCAGAGUCGGACAGCCGGUCCUCAUGGGUGACAGCCAACCACGCGGCACGUGGAAGCUAGGCGUAGUCCAAACCAUCCACACGGGGAAGGACAACGUCACUAGGUCUGUGACACUCAGGACCACUACAGGCAAGUCGUUGCAGCGCCCAGUUAGUACCCUGUAUCCACUAGAAUGUGAGUUACCCGAUAGUGUGGAUGUAACAUGUGAGGAUGUACCUUCACCAACCCCAGUACCAUCUCAAGAUGUGCAUACACCUGCUGUUGAUGUAGCGUCCACCAUUAAUACCAGACCGCAGCGCAGAACUGCAACACAGAGCCGGCGUCAAACGGUCGCUCUGAGAGACUCCAAUCUUGUGUAA